AUGGCAUCCGAAGACAAGGCUGGAAACCAGCCAAAAUAUGAAAGAAUUCGGCAGCAGCCUGAGAAUCCGUUCGCAAAAUUAAUCCCAGAUCAGCAAAUCGCUAUCAUUCCAAGUUUCACUCUUGAAUCUGGCGUCACCUUGCGAAAUGUGCCGUUAGCAUAUACGACGCGAGGAAAACUGUCUCCAAACGCAGACAAUGCCAUGGUUAUAUGCCAUGCUCUAACCGGCUCUGCUGAUGUUAGUGACUGGUGGGGGCCCCUGCUCGGCGGUCCUGGUCGGGCGUUUGAUACCUCGAGAUUUUUCAUCGUCUGUAUGAAUAGCUUAGGUAGCCCUUAUGGUACAGCAAGCCCCGUGACUGCGAAGGAUGGUGAUCCGAAUAACGAGAGGUAUGGACCCGAGUUUCCUCUUACCACCAUAAGAGAUGAUGUCAAUUUGCAUAAAAUGCUUUUAGAUGACUUAGGUGUACGCCAGAUUGCUGCUGUUAUUGGCGGUUCUAUGGGAGGUAUGCUCGUACUUGAAUGGGCAUACCUUGGUAAGGAUUACGUCAGAAGCAUUGUCCCGAUUGCUACUUCAAGUCGCCAUAGCGCCUGGGGCAUCAGCUGGGGCGAAGCUCAACGGCAGAGCAUAUAUGCAGAUCCUAAAUAUGACGAUGGGUAUUAUCCUUUCUCCGACCCUCCAACCACCGGCCUCGGAGCAGCCCGUAUGUCAGCGCUUUUGACUUACCGUAGCCGAAACUCCUUUGAGGCCCGUUUUGGGCGCAACAUUCCGGACCCGGCUAGGCGCCAGACAAUCCGGGAAAGACCACGUCCUAGCACCCCAUCGGAGGCUCACUUCAAUAUCCACAACGAUGGACACAAAACAACGCGGCUAUCAAGGAACAACAGCUACACGGAUAGCCAACCAGCUGCCUCCAACGGGGUUGGCGCAAGCAUAGACAACGGCACCAAUGGUCAAUCGCUUGACCCUCAAUUCUCCGGACCGAAGACGGACAGUCCUGGCAAAGAAGAGUCAUUGCCCACCACAACCUACUUCUCGGCACAGUCAUACCUUCGUUACCAAGGAGAGAAGUUUGUCAAGCGUUUUGAUAGCAACUGCUAUAUUGCUAUUACGCGAAAGCUAGACACGCACGACGUUUCGCGAUAUCGUGCUAAUAGCAUCGCGGAGGCGCUCGCUCUCAUUGAGCAACCUACUCUCGUUCUGGGAAUUGAAAGCGACGGGCUCUUCACAUUCGCCGAACAACAGGAGCUAGCGGAGCACAUCAAGAAUGCUAGGCUGGAGAAGAUAGACAGCCAGGAGGGUCAUGAUGCUUUCCUGUUGCAGUUUGAGCAAGUCAACAGAUACAUUCUAGAGUUCCUACACGAAAAGCUCCCUGACAUUAUGACGAGGGAAGGGGACCACGUGGAGGCAGCUAGCGUCGGUCAGUUAACUAAGUCUAGCACGUUUGGAGAAGCCGAAGUAGAAGAUAUAACCGCAUGGUAG